AUGCAAUUCGAGGAUCCACCAAAAAGUUUAGAGUUAACAAUAAAUAAAGUUGAUAGCCAACCGGUAUCACCAAUAAUUAAACAACCAAUUAAUAAUAGUAAUAAUAAUAAUAAUUUAGAAGAGCAACAUACAGAUUCUAUUGGAUUCUCAUCACCAUUUACAACAUCAACUAUAUCACUAUCAUCUUCAAUUGCGGGAUCAGUUAAUAAUACACCAAAUUUAUUAUCGGAGUUAUCAGUAGAUAAAAAAAAAGGAAUCUAUUCAACCUAUUUGGAUUUAGAUUAUUAUAAUAAUAUCUAUUUAAAAAAUAAAAACCAAUCUAAAAAUAAUAUUAUAAAUAAUAUAAAUCCAAUAUUAUCACAGCAACAAAAUAAUUUCUCAUUAGAUUCUCAUCAGCCUCAAACUCAUCCACAAUUACAAGAUAAUAUACCAUAUCAUAAAAGAAAACAUCAUAUAGUAAAUAAUUGUAACAACAAUAAUAGCAUUAAUAGUUUAAAUAAACUAGACUCUGGCAAUACACAGCAAGAUAACUUUUUAACAUUAAGCCAGAAUCAAUUAUUUUAUCAAACUUUUGGUGGCGGAUCAAAUCAGCAUUAUUUUUAUGAUAGACCUAGUUUAAUUUAUAAACUACCUAAUCAUCAUUUAUCAUCAUCCACAUCAUCAUUAUCAUCUACAUCAUCCACAUCAUCUUCAUCACCAAAUAGUUUAUUUUCAUCAUCUAUUGAUUUGUUUUAUAGCUGUAUAGAUAAAAAAAAGAUAUUAUCAUUAUUUCUAACAUUUCCUCAAACUAUUGGCACAGAUUCAUUUGUAUUAAAAGAAUACGAAAGAUUGAAAAUGUUACAAGAACAACAAGGUCCAAGACAUACCGAAAUCCUCUUAAGAAAAGAAGACAACGUCGGAGGAAGAAAGGCAUUAAAAGAGAAAUUUGUCGAAAUCUACGAAUCAUUUUUUAAUGGCGAAGAUCCAUCCGAAGGCCAACCAAUUUUUUGGGAACAAUUGUUUUUAAUCAAAGUUAAUAUCCCAUUCUUGGAAAGAUGCAUUAUUUUAACAUCAGAAGACCACUUAUUGGCUUUAAAACCAAAUAUCAAUAAAAUAUUCACACAAUGCUGCCACUGGUUAAAAGAUCCAAAUCCAUUAAGAUUAGCCCAUAUUAUUGAAACAUUAAGUAUUUUAUUAAAAAGUAUAUUUAGAAAGAAAUUUAAUAAUUUUGGCUUUGAUAUUUUAAAUAUACUUUGUGGUAUCGAAAAUUCAGAUCAAGUUUUUACAGAUUUAAUUAGAGAUUUAGAGAAUUUAUUAAAAAACCCAACUGACAAAAAAACUAAAGUUGGAAUUAUCAAUCUUUUAACAAUUAUUGCUACUGCCACUGAAUACAUAAACCAAAAUACACUCUUGCAAUACUUUAUGUCUGUAGAUAUCUUUGAUACUCUUAUUGGUUUAAUAGAUGAUCAAGAUUUGGAAGCUAGCACACAAAUGAAUGUUUUAACUUUAUUAUGUUAUCUUUGUAAUUAUCAAAAAUAUGAAACCCCAAAUCCAUACUUAAAAGAUUUAUCAAAUUUAUCAGACACACAAAAGGUAACAUGUGGUAUUCAUCAUCAUAACGAAUUCUUUGAACAACAAUAUAGAGAUCCAAAUUUAGGUAUGAUGUCAAAAUUUAGCGGUUAUUUAAGUAGUUGGGUUUAUUCCCCCAAAGUUGUUAAACCAUGUACAUUUUUUGAAACCGUAUCAUGUUUAUUGGUUUUAUAUGAAUUAUUUUAUCAAAGCGAACAUUUUAUAAAUUUAUUGGUCAAAGGUGGAUUACCAAGUAAUAAUAACUCAACAUGUCCAAAUAUUAUCAAAGAGUUUUUUACAUUUUGCGCCUAUUUGGCAUCAGAUGCACAAAAAGAAGUUAAGGUUAUCUACUCAAAGAUUUGUCUAUUAAUUUUAUUAUUAAUUUCAGAAAAGAACGAAUUAGAAGAGUUUUUCCAUGAUAUCAAAUCAACAUGUUAUAUUUUCAUCUAUUCAAAGAAAACACUGUUCCAAGAUCCAAAAGAAACUGAAAAAUACCCAUUAUCCUAUUUUGCUUUAGAUAUUAUUUCACAUUUUAUCAAAUGCAAUUUGAAAGGUAAAAUAUCAAUGGAGAUUCAUCAAACUGCUGUUGACGCUAUUCAUAGAAUUAUAUCUUAUAAAAAGAAAACUCAAAAUCGUUUACCAUACAAAUGGAAUGAUCUUUGGUCAACUCUAUUUUCAAUAAUCAAUCUUAUUGUUUCAAAUAAUGACAAGUCACAGUUAAAUCAAUCAAUUCAAGUAGGUUUAAGUGCCAUAAAUGUUUUUAACCUUUUUAUUAAUUAUGGUGACUCAUUUUUGCCAAGUCCAAAUGACUAUGAUGAAUUAUUUUAUGAAAUUAUUCGUUCUGGUCAAUCCAUCGACAAACUAUACCAAUUUAUUCAAGACAAUUCACCAUCACAUAGUACCAGCACACCACAAUCACCAAUACAACAAUCAACUACAGUACCACCACAAUCACCAGUUCCAGAAUCAAAUAAUCCACUUUUAAAUCCACUUUUAAAUAUUAGAUCCAUUGUUCAACAUUUUACCUCCAAACUUCAAUUAUGGAGCACUGAAAAUCCUGAAGUUGCCCUCACUGCUCCACAAGUUUCCAAAAUUAUUAAAGAUAACUAUGACACAUUAAGACUCAAGCUUCAAGAAAAUUUAGAUCAAUAUGAACCAUACGUUGAAAAUCCAAAAGAAAUUUUACUAUUUAGACAUAUUGUUAAAGAAUUAAUUGGUGAUGUCAAAAAGCAAAUCAAUGUAAUAAAUCUUUAA